UUUAUGGGAGUAUUCCAUUUCUUUUUUUAUUUGAAACAUGGAUAAUGAAUUUAUGUGGUUAAUUAUUAAAAGGUUUUUUUUUUCUCUUUCCUCCAUGCUUAUUGAAUUAAGAAAAAAAAGAAGCUGAAUUUGGAUACUGUUGUUAACUUUGACAUUUGAAUACUCAACACAUAACAUAUAAUUAAUAAAGAUAAUAUCCACAAAGCCAAACUUGAAAAGCCUAUAUAUCCCACCUGUAACCUGUUCUCUCCUUAUUCAUUUCUCUCCCAGCUUCCUCCCAUUUCCAUUAUUCUUUCUUCCAAAAGGAAGAGAUUGAAUAUAAUUAACUCAAACUUAAUAAUAACACAAUGGAAACGCCUGUAAGGUUCUCGAGCUGUAGAGGCGUUGCCUUUGAAGUGAAGCCUCACGAGCACCACUUCUCCAUCUCAAAACCCAUUUCCCCAUCAUCACACCCAAGCGCAAGCAGCAACAUCACCACCAACACUCCCUUCUGGCCCCGCCCCAACUCUUUUCAAAUAUUCCCUUCCCCGUCGGCCCCUUCUUCACUUCUAAGAUCACUAAGCAGACCCAGCAGCCAUUUCUGUGACGUCUCCGAUCAAGAACAACAAGAAUACGACCUUGAAGAAGGUGAUCCACACACCCCAGUACAAAACCCUAAACCCUCUCACCCUCCAAAGAACAACCCAAAAUCCAGACUCUCCGUCAUUCUCCUCGACCAAGGCCUCUUCACCGUCUACAAACGGCUCUUUCUCCUCUGUCUUGCAUUAAACAUCACCGCUCUCGUUCUCGCGGCCACCGGGUAUUUCCCAUAUGCAAGAGCAAACCCGAGUGUGUUUUCAAUCGGCAACAUAUUGGCCUUGUCGGUUUGCCGUAGCGAGGCAUUUCUGCGUGUAGUGUUUUGGUUAGCCGUCACUGUCUUGGGGAGACCAUGGGUCCCAUUAGCUUUCAAAACCGCCGUAACUUCCCUCCUACAGAGCCUUGGCGGGGUCCACAGCGGCUGUGGAGUUUCUUCCAUCGCUUGGCUUGUCUACGCUUUGGUCCUCACUCUAACCGAUCCAUUCAAUAGAUCCACACCCAUCAUUGCUGUUGCGUCUUCAAUUCUAGCCCUUCUUUGUCUCUCUUCAUUGGCUGCAUUCCCUCUCGUACGCCACCUCCACCACAAUGUCUUCGAGCGUAUCCACCGUUUCGCGGGAUGGACCGCUCUCGCCCUCCUCUGGGCUUUCCUAAUUCUAACGCUCACUUACGAUCCCAUAACCAAUUCUUACAAUAAAGACGUCCCUUCACGUUUGUUCCAAACACAGGAAUUUUGGUUCACAGCAGCAAUCACCUUCCUAAUCAUUCUCCCAUGGGUUACGGUCAGGCGUGUUCCUGUUCAAAUCUCUGCUCCCUCUGGUCAUGCCUCCAUUAUCAAAUUCAGCGGCGGGGUAAAGCCCGGGUUACUGGGUCGGAUAAGCCCAUCGCCAUUAUCAGAGUGGCAUGCCUUUGGUAUCAUUUCCGACGGCGAAAAAGAGCACAUGAUGUUAGCCGGAGCGGUAGGGGAUUUCACGAAAUCCUUGGUGUCGAACCCACCUAGUCACUUGUGGGUACGAGGAGUCCACUUUGCCGGACUUCCAUAUUUGGUGAAUAUGUACGAGAGAGCUCUGGUGGUGGCGACGGGAUCUGGGAUUUGUGUGUUUUUGUCGUUUCUGCUGCAGAGAAGUAGGGCUGACGUGUAUUUGGUAUGGGUGGCGAAAGGGAUUGAGGAGAACUUCGGGAAGGAGAUUAAGGGGAUGGUGAAUGGGUAUCCGAAGGAGAAGGUGAUAGUUCAUGAUACGGCGGUUUUGGGGCGGCCGAAUGUGGCGGAGCUGAGUGUGAUGGCGGCAGGAAAGUGGAAAACGGAGGUGGUGAUUGUUACAAGUAAUCCGGAAGGGAGUAGAGACGUGGUGAAUGCAUGCAAAAGCGCUGGAAUUGCAGCUUUCGGUCCGAUUUGGGACUCUUGAAAAAAACAUACAAAAAUUAAACAGAAUUAAUGAUGCCAUAUAUUCUUAACUAGUAUUACUAUUACUACCUACUCAGUCACGUCUCCGAAUUUUGCUCUUACUUAUUAUUCAUUUAGUAAACAAAUAAAAAACUGUGUUUAUGGUAUGUGUGAGUUGCACUUUUUGGAUAUAAUUAUCAAAAUAUAGUCAACGAUGGAGAUAUUCUCUCUUACUGUAAUCAUAAUUAAAACAACACCUACCCACUGCUUAUAUAUAUAUAUAUAUAUAUAUAUAUAGCUUUAGAUUUUUACAUCAAUUUGGUAAUACUCGUCUCCGAUAUUCUUUAGGAUGAUCAGUAGGUUACUGAUUGUUGGUUGCACCCCGCAACCUCCUUAAUUCCCUUUUAGUUAGUGCUUCAAAUUUAGUGAUAUAAUAACACUCCCAAUUAAAUUUCAUAAAACUAAACUCAUUCAUUCUUAACUUAUAUUUCUUUAUUCAGAUUAUUCGUUAAAUAAUGACUUUUAUUUUUCUUUAACAAACACACACACCAUAAAAUAUGUUUUCAUAAUUUAUACAAACAAACCAAACUCAACCCUAGACAUAGACAUAGCCAUACCAAACAUCACACCACACCAAUUUAUGAUUGAGAGAUCCAACUUGGAGUCUCACUUUUAUAAACUUAAAUGGGAUCAUAUAAUCAAAAAAAUUAUCUUUAAA